AUGGUCGCUGAACGCACGUUCCUCUUCACGUCCGAGUCGAUCUCGGACGCCGUCCUUGAUGCGUGCGUCGCCCAGGACCCCAACUCGCGCGUCGCUUGCGAGACGUGCGCCAAGACGGGCAUGGUCAUGAUCUUCGGUGAGAUCACGACCCGCGCCACGAUCAACUACGAGGCGGUCAUCCGCGAGGCCAUCAAGGCCAUCGGCUACGACGACCCGGCCAAGGGCCUUGACUACAAGUCGUGCAACGUCAUCGUUGCCAUUGAGCAGCAGUCGCCCGAGAUCGGUGCCGCCGUCGACGGCGCCAAGGACGAAGACAUUGGUGCUGGUGACCAGGGUAUCAUGUUCGGCUACGCCACGGACGAGACGCCCGAGCUCAUGCCCUUGACGCACGUCCUCGCCACGCAGCUCGGCGCCCGCCUCACCGAAGUGCGCAAGAACGGCACGCUCGACUGGGUCCGCCCGGACGGCAAGACGCAGGUCACGAUCGAGUACAAGCAGGACAACGGCCGCAUGAUCCCGCAGCGCGUGCACACGGUCGUCAUCUCGACGCAGCACAGCCCCGAGGUCUCGAACGAGCAGAUCGCCGCCGACCUCAUGACGCACGUCAUCACGCCGGUCAUCCCGGAGCAGUUCCUUGACGACAAGACCGUCUACCACUUGAACCCGUCGGGGCGCUUCGUCAUUGGCGGUCCCCACGGUGACGCCGGCCUCACGGGCCGCAAGAUCAUCAUCGACACGUACGGCGGCUGGGGCGCCCACGGCGGUGGUGCCUUCUCGGGCAAGGACUCGACCAAGGUCGAUCGCUCGGCCGCCUACGCUGCUCGCUGGGUCGCCAAGAACCUCGUCCACCACGGCCUCUGCAAGCGCGUCAUCGUGCAGCUCUCUUACGCCAUCGGUGUCUCGCACCCGCUCUCGAUCCACAUUGACUCGUACGGCACGGUCAAGGAGGGCGUGACCGACGACGACCUUGUCGAGAUCGUCAACAAGAACUUCGACCUCCGCCCCGGUUGCAUCCAGCGCGACCUCAAGCUCAAGCGCCCGGUCAUGCAGAAGACGGCCGCCUACGGCCACUUCGGCCGCGACCACGAGGACUUCACGUGGGAGACGAUCAAGGAGCUCAAGCUCUAA